CAGUAAGAAAUUAAGAAUUAAACCUAACUGCUCCUCUCUCUCUCUCUUUCUUUCUCGGCAAGAAUCAAUGCGAUAGAGAGAUUGUGCACUAGCGGUCUCUCUAUAUCUCUCCGUCUGUCUUCCUUGUUUCUACGAAGGGAAGGUUCAGGUUUCGAUUCUGUUGGAAGGAAACCAUCACAUAUUAUGAUACAUGGGUGUGCCAAGAUUUAUACGUCCCAAGGGAGGGGAAGGUGAAUCGAGUCCUAACCUUUACGUGGCCAAUUGUGGGCCCGCUGUGGGACUUUCUUUUGACACUAUUGCUUCGGUGUUCGGCACGUACGGAGAAGUGAAAGGAGUCUAUGCUGCUGACGAGAGUGGCACUCGUGUUAUUGUUUCUUAUUUUGAACAGAGUUCUGCCCAUACAGCCUUGAAGACAUUGGAUGGACGAACAUGUCCUGACCUUGGAGGCAGGUCUUUGCACAUACGGUAUUCGGUAUUUCAACCUCCUUCUCAGACCAAUGUUUCAGUUCCAGUGUUUUUGGCAGCUUCAGAGUUGAGAAUUCCUGGCAUCUUCUUGAUGCACGACUUUGUCACUUUUGAGGAAGAGGAGGAACUGCUUGCAGCAGUUGAUGGUAUGCCUUGGCAAACUCUCGCUAGAAGAAGGGUUCAGCAUUAUGGCAACAACGACGGCGAUGCACACAAGGUGUUCGAUCAAAUGCACACAUCACAUUCUUUUGGUUAUUACUGGAUUUCCAAGAGAAGGCUCAACCCCACCACCGCAACACCGGCGUCACUCUGA